UUACGGCACCCCGCUUCAUGCUGACCGAAACUGCUGCUGUUUAGGACAAAUCUCCCCUACCCCCCCUCCUCCUGUUACCCGGUUGUGUUUUUUGGACGCGCCAUGCAGAUCCGCUGGUGGAGUUGUGGCAUUCGGCUGGUGGCAUUGACGUGGGUUUGGAGUCUGGCAGUGCUCGGAGCGUGGUGCAUCCCCGCGAAUGAAGUGAACCUGCUGGAUUCCCGCUCUGUGAUUGGAGACCUAGGAUGGGUGGCCUAUCCCAAGAAUGGGUGGGAAGAGAUCGGGGAAGUAGACGAGGACUACGCUCCCAUCCACACCUACCAGGUGUGCCGGGUCAUGGAGCAGAACCAGAACAACUGGCUCCACACCAACUGGAUCCUGACCGAGGGCGCCCAGCGGGUCUUCAUCGAGCUCAAGUUCACCCUGAGAGACUGCAACAGCCUGCCCGGUGGGGUCGGGACCUGCAAGGAGACGUUUAACAUGUAUUACUAUGAGACAGAUGGGGCCGAGGAGGAAAUGGAAGACGGCGAGAUGAGCGAUGGAACGGGGAUGACGGAGGAGGAAGACAGGGCGUUGAAGGAGAGCAGAUACAUCAAAAUUGACACUAUAGCGGCUGAUGAGAGCUUCACCGAGCUGGACCUGGGGGACCGGGUCAUGAAGCUUAACACUGAAGUCCGUGAUUUGGGUCCCUUGACUCAGAAGGGCGUCUACUUGGCGUUUCAGGAUUUGGGGGCCUGUAUUGCUUUGGUCUCAGUGAGGGUUUUCUACAAACGCUGCCCGUUUCUGGUGAAGAGUUUGGCCGAGUUUCCCGACACCAUCCCGGGCUCAGAGGCCUCGCAGCUGGUGGAGGUAGUAGGCCGCUGCGUCAAUAACUCCCUGCCUUUAUACGAGCCUCCCAGGAUGCAUUGCAGCACAGAGGGAGAAUGGCUGGUGCCCAUCGGGAAGUGUGUGUGCCAGCCGGGGUUUGAGGAAAUCAACGGAUCCUGUCAAGUCUGCAAAGUGGGGUUUUACCGCUCGCUGUUGGAGUCUUUGGCCUGCAGUAAAUGCCCACCCCACAGUGUGGCCAGGCAGACAGGAGCCACUGCUUGCAGCUGCGAGGAUGGGUACUACAAGAUCGACUCGGACCCUCCCAAUAUGGCGUGCACACGCCCUCCUUCUGCUCCACGUAACGCCAUCUCUAAUGUCAACGAGACCAGCGUCUUCCUGGAGUGGUCGGUUCCCAUGGAAACAGGUGGCAGGAAGGACGUGCGCUACAACAUCUUGUGCAGACAGGUCUUGCCAGAUGGAAGGGGCUUGGAGGAAUGUGGCCCCAACGUACGCUUUUUGCCACGACGCGUCGGCCUGUCAAACACCUCGGUCAUGGUGGCCGACCUGCAGUCACACACCAACUACAGCUUCCUGCUGGAGGCUGUCAACGGGGUGUCAGAGCUGGCCAAAGACCACGCCAAGCAGUAUGUGUCACUCAACGUGACGACCAAUCAGGCAGCACCGUCCCCUGUGAGUGUGGUGAGAAAAGGUCACACGGGGAAGAGCAGCAUCGCUCUUUCUUGGGCAGAGCCUGACCGCCCCAACGGCAUCAUCCUGGAGUACGAGAUCAAGUAUUUUGAGAAGGAGCAGGACUCCAGUUACACCAUUAUAAAAUCCAAGGAGACAGAGAUGGUGGUGGAAGGCCUGAAGCCCUCUUCAGCCUACAUCUUUCAGGUGCGAGCCAGGACCUCAGCAGGCUAUGGCGCAUUUAGCCGACGUUUCGAAUUCCAGACCAGCCCUUACUUGACUGCGACCAGCGAGCGUGCUCAGGCUUCGAUAGUAGCGGUGGCCAUCACGUUGGCUCUGGUCCUACUGGCGGUAGUCGCUGGAUUUCUGCUCAGCGGACGGCGGUGUGGCUACAGCAAAGCAAAGCAGGAUCCUGAAGAGGAGAAGAUGCACUUCCACAACGGUCACAUAAAGUUCCCGGGGGUACGCACCUACAUUGACCCCCUCACUUAUGAAGAUCCCAACCAGGCGGUGCACGAAUUUGCCCAGGAGAUUGACGUCUCGUUCAUCUCCAUAGAGAGGAUCAUCGGAGCUGGGGAGUUUGGCGAGGUGUGCAGCGGACCGCUGAGGCUGCCCGGAAAAAGAGAGAUCCAGGUCGCCAUUAAGACCUUGAAAGCAGGCUACACAGAGCAGCAGAGACGCGACUUCCUGUGGGAGGCCUCAAUCAUGGGCCAGUUUAACCAUCCAAACAUCAUCCGUCUGGAGGGUGUCGUCACCAAGAGCAAGCCGGUGAUGAUCAUCACUGAAUACAUGGAGAAUGGAUCACUGGAUACUUUCCUCAAGAAAAACGACGGUCAGUUUACUGUAAUCCAGCUGGUCGGUAUGCUGCGUGGCAUUGCGUCUGGCAUGAGGUACCUGUCCGACAUGGGCUACGUCCACCGUGACCUUGCAGCUCGUAACAUCCUGGUCAACAGUAACCUCGUGUGUAAAGUGUCUGAUUUCGGCCUCUCCCGAGUCCUGGAAGAUGAUCCGGAGGCUGCGUACACAACACGGGGUGGGAAGAUUCCAAUUCGCUGGACGGCUCCGGAGGCGAUCGCUUACAGGAAGUUCACCUCAGCCAGCGAUGUGUGGAGUUACGGGAUUGUCAUGUGGGAAGUGAUGUCAUACGGAGAGAGGCCGUACUGGGAGAUGUCCAAUCAAGAUGUAAUAAAGGCAGUGGAGGAGAGCUAUAGGUUGCCAGGUCCUAUGGACUGCCCUGAGGCUCUCUACCACCUAAUGAUGGACUGUUGGCAGCGAGAGCGAAGCAACCGCCCCAAGUUUGAUGAGAUUGUCUGUCUACUAGACAAACUCAUUCGCAAUCCCAGCUCAUUAAAAAAACUGGUCAACUCCUCACACAGAGUUUCCAACCUGUUAGUGGAGCACGCCAGUGUAGAGGGGAGCUACAGCGCUCGGAGCCAAACCGUGGGGGAAUGGCUCGACUCCAUCAAGAUGGGUCGUUACACUGAGCUUUUCAUGGAAGGAGGUUACUCUUCGCUGGAGACGGUGGCUCAGAUGACAUCAGAGGAUUUGAGAAGAGUAGGAGUGAACCUGGCUGGACAUCAAAAAAAAAUCAUCACUAGUAUUCAAGAGAUGAGAGUCCAUAUGAACAACAUCAACUCUACUGUAAACAUCUGAUGCAUUUGUACAGGCACACACACACAUACACAAAUACACACAUAUAAACAUACACAGUAUAUGGACCUAGUAUGUGACAAAAAGACUCGAUUUGCUGUUGGACCUAGAGCGGCUUAGCACUUUUUACGGACAAAGAAACCCGGUGUUUAUGGAUCUAAGCUGGAGGAUCCACAUUCUCGUGGUUCUUGUGUGUGGAGUUUGCUUGUGGUGUCAUUGGGGAUAUCUGACAUCGCAGCACUAAAACCAAACUGAACAGAACUGAGUGGUGCUACAUGAAGGGAAGACUAUGGGGAGCUAAACUGAACUGAAGUGAAGAUUUCUCAUUCUAAUUAUUCCAUUUGUGUGAAUCUUGGGGAUUGUGAAAUCUCUGCGCACUGUUUGGAUUCUCUCAGAUCAAACGUGAAACACAGACCGCAGAUCUGGCUCCGAGAGCAACCAGCACCUUUUUUGGCUGUAUCACAAAUAUGGAAGUUUCAUGCAGCGGGCUCGAAGUGAACUUUUUCAGCCUGUCUCAGGUGAUCUGGACCCAGUGGAUCUGAACAGUACUGACUUUUUCUCUGGCUAUUUUCUCUGGAAGUACAGUUCCAUCACGAGUCAUUGAACUGAACACCAUUCUCAGGCGGGGGGGAAAAAGUAAUAAUGGACCAAGAGCAACGUCUUCAUUAGUUUCAGUCUUUGCUUUGCCAUGCUGAUGUGCUUUCGAUUUUGUUUUCCUGCUACGAGACUGCAGUUUUAAUCCAGCUGUGGAGUUUACCGAAAGUCCAGACUCAUAUUCAGCAUCAUUUACUUCAUUAUUUGUGAUGCAAGACAAUAAUACAUAAUACAGCCAUCAUUGUUUAAAGAGGCUGAAAUUUAAAAUACAACAAAGUCCAUAACAAGAAAACCAUCUGGGUCUGAGUUCAAUCAGAAUAUUUCACAUUUUACUGAACAUACAAAAGUGUGAAAAGAUACAAGGCUUUAGGGACUCUCUACAACUGUUCCUUUGGCUGAAUGUAUAGCACUACACAUAACACAACGCUCAAUGGCAGCAUUAUGUUUGAUAUGUAAAUGCUGUCGAAUAGGGGUAAAAUGUAGCAAUAGAACCAAUCUGGUCCUCAAGAAGCUGUAGAUUGUAUUCAGCUUGCUUUUUGUCAGAAUCACCACUAAGAUCCUGGUGGAUUCCUACAGAACUCCUUCAGCUAUCAUCUCCCAAACCAUGCAGUUUCUAACUGGAAAUGGAUUAAUAUACUGGAGACUUCCUGCAUGUUUUCGUGGAACGUUCGCUCUGAUGCCAGGGAACCUUUGUGUAGGUUUUAGCAAACUCACACAUUCAAGUCACUGACCUUCAUCCAGAGUCUAGAAGAACUGUUUACCUGUGCUCCAACACUAAUGGAUCCCUCACCCUAGCUUCUGAUGAACCUUCAUGGGCUCUGCAGUCCGUUGGACAUACAAAAUGGAACAGUCAUACAGCUUCUAAUGGAAUUGUCACGUCAUGUUCAAAUGCACCUUCAGUAGGAUUCAGCUGGAACAUUCAAUCUAAUGGAAAUUUCAUUCAUGGAAAUUCAUGGAAAGUUCAGUCGAUCCUGAUAGAACAUUUGCUCAUGUAAUAAUGGAACUGCCAGUCAGAUUCUCAUGGACUGCUUCAACAAGAUUCCAGUUGGACAGUUUACUGAUAAUCUAAUGGAAACUUCGCUCAGAUGCUAAUGGAAUCGCUGCAAGGAUUCCAAUGCAGCUUUCACUUACGAGUGCACUCAGAUUUUCAUGGAGCCUUCACUUAGAACCAACAACCUUCAGGUACCGCAGAAAACCCUCAGCAAUCUUUUCAGUUCACCGCGCCGUAGAGUCUCUCUCCACCACGUCUGCCACGCCACAAUAAACCUCACUCUGACAGAACUGCUGAAAAUAGGGAGGCAAUAUUGAUCAACUUGAUAAUCAUUUAUUUAUUUAUACUUGUUUCAAAAAAAGAGCAAAAUGAUGUGGACAGUUUGUGUUUCAUCAUGAUACUCUCUCUUGGACUACUGAGCAGCUCUGCCUACAUGUAUUUCAUGUAUAUAAUGUAUUAUAUAUUUAAAGCAGGGAGCAUUGUUCUUCAGUCUAUCAUCAUGUAGACAAGUCGGUAUUGAUCAAGCAUCUCAGAGUAGUACACAUUAGUAAAUAGUGACAAAUAUUCUAAAUCAGCAUUCCUGCUACUUAGACCUGGGCCACUGUCAGAUGGGGGCAACCAGCACAUCUGUCCCCAUGUAAGGGUGACCAAAAGGGUAUGCAGAAUUAUCAAAUAUCCAUGUUAUGUUGUUGGUGAUUGUGUUUCAUUUCAAGUUUUGGUGCAAGACCUGGUCAUAUUUUCAGCGGCCCUAAAUGAGACAGCAAUAAAUACUCUGUUGUCUCUAAAAGCCAGAGAAGUGUGCACAGGGAUUGAUAUAUGAACUUAUGGUAUGGUUUAAAGGUAUAAAAUGAUGUCAGUGAUCAAGCCCUUGCUUUACUUCUCUUUGGUAUGGUAUGUUAUACAUUGCUACUCAGUGCUUUAUUGCUGAAACUUGACCCUUUUCACCGUUGUGUUCACCUAACCAGGAGCUGAGUUCUAACAGUAUAUAUAAAUAUAUAUUCCUCUUUGCAGAUGACAUGCUAGUAUUUUUCUUGGUUAUACACAGUGUACUGCUAGUGCUGUGACGUAAGAGUGGAAACGAAAUGAGAUUGUAAAGCUAGUUUUAUAAGAAGCAGUAUCACUUGACUGUAUGAAGAGCAUAGAAAAGCACGCAAGAAGAAUGUAAGGUUUUAAAGGGGUAUUUCACUUUUUUAGAAGAUAUGCCUCACUUUUAAACACUCAAACCCCCCUCUGACUUGGAGAUGAGUAAAAAUAGGAUAACAGGCCUCAUUGGCAGAAGAACGCCUGCCUUCAAGAUCAUGUUUAUUGACUGGUUUCAUAUAUGAAUGUGAGUGGGGAAUGGUCACAUUGUUAUUUAAUAUGGGUAUGUGUUUUUAAAGGUCGAAAUCUUCUACCAGAGUGAAAGUUUGCUUGGAAGAUAAACAUCUGCAUAGUCUCUGUAGUUUACAUUGGAGGAUUACUUUGGAGGUUUAGCUUCAGCUUCUAUGUCAAUAUACUAUAUUGUAGUUUUAAUGGUAGUGAACAAGAGCCAUUUAGCAACAUUAGAUCUGUUGUUUGUACCAUUUUUAAAAUCACAGUAUACUUUUUUCAAGCAGAUCUUUUCAAGAAUGUCUUCAAAAAUGCAACCAACCUUUUGGCAGUAAGACAUAUGUACAGUGUGUAGACUACCGUGGCUAUGCAGAUUUUUAAUGUUGUGGGGGAAUGCAUCUAUAACAUGGUGCAUAUUUUAUAUUAGACAAUAUAAGGCAUGUACAUUGAAAGUAAUUGUGCUGGGUUGUCUCCUUAGUCUUUUGAAUACCACAGGCGCUUGAUGAAGUUUCACAGUGUUUUGAUCCCACCCAAAUUUCAUGGUAUUGGCUUUAUACAACCACCUGUUCUAACUUAAUUUCCAACGUAAAACCUAUGCCUGGGGCAUGAACAAUUGGUGAAUUGUACACCCUUAUAAGUGCCUCUCAUCUUUCGAGCACCAUUAUUUCCUCCCCCACCAAAAUGCUAUGCCCCAAUAGUGCCCCAAUUUUCUAUAUAUUUACCUUUUGCCAACAGUAUCUACAGGCAAUAAGAAGAAUGUCAGACAAUGUGUAUGUUGGAACUAAUUUAAUUUGCACUUUAUGAGAAAUCUGUUUUGUUUGACUAAAAAUGUCCAACUGACUUUUUAGUGUCAAAGUUUUUCUUGAUUAUUUACUAUAUAAUUCCGAGAACUACAGUGUUCCCUUACGCUGAUUAUAUCACUCAUAUUCUCAAUGCUUCCCAUAGUGUAAUAUUUGACAGUUAAGCACAAAGCAUUGGUCAUAUUUUUUAAAACAAAUCAAAGCUAUAUAUGGAAAACUAAAGCAUCAUUGAUGUAGAGCACCAUUUUCUUGUGUAUGGCACAAUGAUACACCUUCAGAACGUAAGCACAGGGUUUGACAGAAAUCUUAUAGGACAGUGAGUGGAUGAUACGACUUUGUACAAACGUCAAUAGCACUAGCCCUUGAUGUCAACAAACUUCAGCCAGACAUUUUAUCUGAGCGUUUGCGGCAUUUUAGCAUUACCACUGCUAAGUACAAAAGUGUGAAAACAGGUAUUGAUCUGUCAUUGCAAACAGUACAUAUACAGUUUAGCUGAUAGGUGUUGCUGCGCAAAUUGUCUUCAUCAUUUCAAUUUAUUCUCAGCACUUUGGCAAUGGCAUGAUUUUAUCCCGGCAGUCAGUUGUUUAGCAAUCCUCGUUUAACAGGAAGAAACAAAGCACAGCAAACCAGCAGAGACUUGUAAAGAUUUAUUGAUGUGUUGUUAUUCUACAGUGACUGUCAGCUGGAACUCCCAUCAACCAUGCAGCGAAGCGUUUAUGCAGGAGCCAAUUUUUUAGUGUCAAAUUACAUUAUGUAACACGUCUGAUGUUACAUCUGAAUCAACGACCUUGUUUGAGAUUGACUUUCAGAAGAGGGUAAUCAAAUUUUUUUUCACAUCAGUAUACACAUAAAUUUCCAUAACAAGUUCUUGCAUUUGUACACAAUGGAGUUUGUUGGAAUUGGCUCCGUAAUAAAGGCACUGCAUAAACCACUGGAUAGGAGGUUUGCCUGAAUACUAGCAAAUGUACAAAAGCAAUAUAUUAACAGCAAAAAAAAACAUAUUUGCAUACACAAAUGCGUGGGAAUUUAACAACCAUUUAAGGGUUACAUCUGACUGGUUUUAAGACAUUUUAUAAUGAUGAAAACCAUAGUGUUGGCAUCUUUGGAAUAACUCAGAAAUAAAGCAAAGAAGUGGGCAGGGUUAUAAGUGGGCCACAGUUCUGGCUGUAACAGUCCUAAUAUUUUCCUUAGACAAUAUUACAGUUUUUGACAAGCUGUCUGAGCAUUUUCCACACUUAGACAGUAUGAAAUUGCUCUCAGUUGAAUCAUCAGCUCCAAGCAAUGAGCAACUGCGCAGCUAAAAAGUCAAGGGCACAAGACAGUGUACGUCAAGAGUCUUGUUCCUGGUUGCAAGGAUGUUUGGAAUAAGCUUGAACUGAUUUCACAUCUCUAGCUGACAUCUUUGUCAUGGCAACAGCUAUUGACAAAAAAUAUGUGUCUCAAAAGCUUUUGUGAGCUGAAACAUUUGCAACUGAUUUAAUGGUAUCAAAGACUCCAGUGUCUGUGUGUUGAGUAACAUUGAGAUUAAAGCUAAAAGUAAAUUUUCAGAUGCAAAUUUGCAGUGGGAAAAUACUUAUGGCUCCACCCAGUUCACAACUGUAUAGUUAACUUCUCAGGAAGUGGAAAAUAGGUACAUUUAUUGGGUCAUGUGCAGCUUUCACUGAAAGUAUCAACAUUCAAAAGCAGGUAUGCAGUUAUUAGGUUUCCCCCAGGUCAAAGACGAUGAUCAUGUUAUCAGUAACUCACACACAAGGUUUUAAACAACUGAAUAACUGUUUUGUGAUUCUUUGAAAGCACAGUAAAGAUACUAUUGAUGUGCUAUUGGUUUGUCUUUGAGACUGUCAUGUAUUAUGUUUGUGUUGAUGUUUUUGUAGUGUGUUAUCAAAUUCUAUAUUUUUGCAA